CCACCUCCGCGAGAACUUCGAUUCCCGCCGCUCAACAUCCUCUUUCCUUACGGGUAUGCGGAGUCUCCAAGGAAGUUUUCGCACCUUCUGGACUCGCGCUCAAGACUUUACUACUGUUCACAAAGCACAUCCCAAAGUUGCUCCUUUCCACUGCUUCGCUCGUUCCCUAGCCCAGGUCGACUUCUCCCCGCUGCAAACCAUGUCGGAGCAGCAGCAGCAGCAGCAACCCUCGCAAACGCUGGCGCAGGCAGCCUCCGGCUCCUCGAAAGAUCAACCGGACUACUCAACAUGGCCCACCUCUAGUCUGAUUGCCCGAAUUACUGAGCUCGAGCGCCAACUGCACUCCCGCACGGCCGAGUACGCCGCAUCGCCUGGGGAGCAUCCUCCCGCGGGUGCCGAUUCCCAGAGCACUGCGGACAUUCUCAAACAGCAAAAAGACAAGACCGAAACAAAACUUGCCAAUUCGCCGUCUCCUUCGACAGCAAAGAAAGGAGCUCAGCAACGGCCGCCCAAGCCGAAGAAAGUGCGUCGGGAAAUCGACCCCUCCAAGUACAACACGCGCUUCAUCGCGCUGAAAUUCGCAUACCUUGGACAGCGGUAUAACGGGUUGGAACAUGCAAACGGCAAUGCCACUCCGCUGCCGACCAUCGAGGAGGAACUUUACAAGGCGUUGCGCAAGACGCGCUUGAUCUUUCCCAACGAUACGUCUGGGGACGACGAAUUCGUUGAGAGUUUCGCGCCCCGUGAGGUCAAGCCCUACUGGAUCAAUUGGGAUGGAUGCCAGUACUCCAAGGCCGGCCGCACGGAUCGCGGCGUGAGCGCCUUCGGGCAGGUGGUCGGCAUCAGAGUGCGCAGUACGCGGCCGAUGCGCAAGACGGAUGCGCAGAAUCCGGACACAGCCAUGGAAAAUACGGAGGAGGCGGACGAGGGUUGGGACCACAUCAAGGAUGAGCAUCCCUAUGUUAGCAUGUUGAACAAGGUCCUACCGCAGGAUAUCAGAAUCCUCGCGUGGUGUCCCAACCCCCCUGAAGGAUUUGAUGCUCGUUUCUCCUGUGGAGAACGCCACUACAAGUACUUUUUUACUCAGCCCGCCUUCUCCCCAACUCCUGGACCUUACGGGUUCAUGUCCCGUGCCAAUGAUGGAACGAACGCUAGGCCGAAAUACAGAGAAGGUUGGUUGGACAUUGAGGCGAUGCGCGAAGCCGCCAAAUACUUCGAGGGUACACACGACUUCCGCAACUUCUGCAAGUUGGACGUUACUAAACAGAUCGAGUCCUUCCAGCGCGAUAUCUUCCGUGCUGACAUUGAGUUACUCGAUGCCAAAAACACCCCGCUGGGGUAUGUCAACGACCCAGAAUUCCGCGCUGUUGAAGGCGAGCAGGAGACCAGGUCCUCUGAUGAGCCUACACCCACUUCUGCUAAGGUUUAUGUCUUCAAUCUAGAAGGAUCUGCUUUCCUGUGGCAUCAAGUUCGUCACAUGGUCAGCGUACUGUUUCUAGUUGGCCAGGGUCUCGAACCCCCGACCAUUGUGCAUGACUUGUUAGAUGCGUCCAAGAACCCGCGCAAGCCUACUUAUGAGAUGGCAUCUGACGCUCCUCUGGUCCUUUGGAACUGUGUCUACCCUGAUAAGCAGAGCGGUCGCCGUGAAGAUACCUUGGAGUGGAUCUAUGCAGGUGAUAUCAGGCAGAUUAAGUCCCAUCUUGGCAAGGGUGGUGGCAAGUUCGGUCUCGGUGGCAUCGUCGAGGAGCUCUGGGCUGUUUGGAGACAGCGUAAGAUCGACGAAAUACUAGCCGGUACACUGCUUGACCUGGCCGUCAGUCAGGGAGAUCGAAGCAUCGUCACUGACGGAGGAGUCAACCCGGUAUGGGAGCGGAAGAACCGAGGACAGAAAGUGUUCCUAGGUGACAACGAAUCCAGAACAGGCGGUGAUUAUAUCCCAGUCAUGCAAAAGCGCAAAACGGAGCUUGUGGAAGUUCAGAACGCGCGGUGGCUGGCCGCCAAACAAAGAAAGACGGAGGCUGGUGCGAAGCCCUCCAAGAUGGAGAUGUAGAUAGAGAUGGUUCUUUUACCCACCCCAGCAAUAUUGCAUCCACACGCUGAGCGAUAGUCAUGGCGUGUGCUUUCAUGAUACGAGUCUUUC